UCCAUAUUAAUGCCCAUAGUUUUGGAAUGGGAUUUUCAAUAAGCACAUAUGGGUGUCCUAAGGUUUGCACCCCUACAUACUGUAGUUCUCUAUGUGUGUGUCCGCGCAACAUGUACGGAAAUCAACUCCUUUUAGGACCCAACUGUGAUCCAUUUGGCUUUCUCGGUGUAGUUUUUCUUCUUCUUCUUCUUCUUCUUCUCCUACGAGAAAGUGAUCAUUAUGUGAUACUGUGUACCAACAUCAGUCGCUCCAAGGAAGAUUUCGUGAAUUAAACGAGGCUCGUUUCAAACAGCCCCACUCGCCUUUGAGCUUGCACGGGAACAUCUCGCUGAGGGAAAUUUAUUAACGCACGUUCUCGUGCCGCGCGCAACUGCGCGCGCGCGCGCUCCAGCCGGUUUUUAAUACACACAUUGUGAAUACAGGCGCGCGCUGACAUCCUGUCGGAACUUUACCGUUUUCGAGCCUCCAUAGAGAUAUUUAGUGUUACAAAAACAGCUGGUUCUCGUGAGCACUGUAAGGACGGACUUCAGGCGUAUCAGGUGUGAAGAUAUGAGGGAGAAGCUGUUCACGUUUCACCGCUUGGUGUUCUGCAUCUCCUUAACGCUAUUUUGUGGUACAAGGUCAGUAAGUGCAGACACCUCAACGGAUGCCUUCAAAAACAAUAUCACCCUCUUCACACGCAUCUUGGACAGACUCCUGGAUGGCUAUGAUAACCGGCUCAGGCCUGGACUAGGAGAUCGGGUCACCACAGUGAAGACUGAUAUCUACGUCACCAGUUUUGGGCCUGUUUCAGACACUGAUAUGGAAUACACAAUAGAUGUGUUCUUCAGGCAGAGCUGGAAAGAUGAGAGGUUGAAAUUUGAGGGACCAAUGAACAUCCUGCGUCUCAACAACCUGAUGGCCAGCAAAAUCUGGACUCCAGACACAUUCUUUCAUAAUGGGAAGAAAUCAGUGGCACACAACAUGACCAUGCCUAAUAAGCUCCUGCGUAUCCAGGAUGAUGGCACUCUGCUUUACACCAUGAGGUUGACGGUGCAUGCUGAGUGUCCAAUGCAUCUUGAGGACUUUCCCAUGGAUUUCCACUCCUGUCCUCUCAAAUUUGGCAGCUAUGCCUACACAACAACAGAGGUAACGUACACCUGGACAAAGAAUGCCUCAAACUCGGUGGUGGUGGAGGGGGAGAGCUCCCGAUUAAACCAGUAUGAUUUACUGGGACAGACUGUAGGCAAUGAGACAAUUAAAUCCAGCACUGGCGAGUACACAGUGAUGACAGCUCACUUCCAUCUGAAGAGGAAGAUUGGAUAUUUUGUGAUUCAGACGUACCUCCCGUGUAUCAUGACAGUCAUCCUAUCACAGGUCUCGUUUUGGCUCAAUCGUGAGUCUGUGCCUGCCAGGACUGUGUUUGGUGUGACGACUGUACUGACCAUGACAACUCUGAGUAUUAGUGCCCGUAACUCACUACCUAAAGUGGCCUACGCCACCGCCAUGGACUGGUUUAUCGCCGUGUGCUACGCUUUUGUCUUCUCAGCUCUCAUUGAAUUUGCUACAGUCAACUAUUUCACCAAACGUGGCUGGGCCUGGGAUGGCAAGAGCGUUGUCAACGACAAGAAGAAGGAGAAAGCCUCCGUGAUUAAGAAAAACAACGCAUACGCAGUGGCUGUUGCGAACUACGCUCCCAACAUCACCAAGGACUCUGUCCUGCCCACCAUCGCUAAAGGUGGAGUUGCAGAAGCAGGCAAGGCCAAAACUGAGAGUAAACCAGCCGAGAACAAGAAAACCUUCAACAGCGUGAGUAAGAUCGACCGUAUGUCCCGCAUCAUGUUCCCUGUGCUCUUCGGAACCUUCAACCUGGUUUAUUGGGCCACCUAUUUAAACAGAGAACCCGUUAUCAAGGACAUGGUCCCCUCCAACCAAUGAUGCUCUUUAGUAGCGCUGAAGAUACAGGACUAAAGAGAAAAGCCAAAAACCAUCCAGGGACUUCAUACCCUCAUUCACACAUGAAACCAGUGUCUCGAUAUCCAGCCACCGAGCUAUGGACUGUUGAUUGUGUCUCCUCUCUUCUCUCUUUUCUACCGUUUUUCUGCCGCGCUUUUCAAAAUGUAAAUAUGUAUUUAUGCAUAAGAUGUGCCCUGUAUGGUUUUUUUCUCCAAACAUGGCUGUUUGUAACCAUUGGGUUUACUGUGUUUAUAUUUUGCUGUUCCGUGAGUGUUUGUGGAUUCUCCUGAAAUCAGACUUUGACCUUUGUCUGUGAUCUACUCUAGCAUAUUGUAGUGUACUGUAUAUGAUAUAGUUCAAUUAUUUUUAGUAUUUUAUUACCAUGACAUUAUUAUUUUACCUAUUCGUUUGUAAUGGUGCUUGUAGACAGUUACCAAGAUGAGUAAGAGGUCAUGCGAGGAAGAGUCAAAACCUAAACAGAAAAAGAGAAAGAAACAUCAUAUUGCUAUCUACAUUUUUAGUCUCAUCCUUUACUGUGAAUUCAGCAUUUUUUUUUACAUAUUGUAAAUUUUAAAUGAUUAUAGUACAUUAAGAACACAACAGUAAAUACUGACUUUUCAUCUGUUUAAAUUAGAUUACAUUUAUUUAUUUAUUUUUUUAUUCUGUUACAUUAAAUAUUAGUUUUAAUGUAAGUUCAUUCCGUCUAAAAUCAAUAUCGGGUAAACACUUUUAUGGAAAAUAUGAUGUCUUGAGGUAUUUAUUGUGAACAAACUUUUCAGGCAGGGAAGAGGAAGAUAUGUUAACAGCACGACUCCCUGAAUAUAUGUUUGUGUGUUUAGUUAUUUAUUUAUUUGUUUGAUUUUGAGUAUGAACAUUUUACCUUGAAAAAUCAAAGGACGACCAAUUUGGCUAUUGAUACGCUUGUAUUUAUUUUUAUAACUGUUAUUUAUAUUUUUGUUAAUCAUGUUUUAUUUUAGUGGCAUAAUGUGGACCAAACACCUGCAAGUGCUUCAAGUAAUGCAUGUUUACCCUCUAUAAUGAAGCUCAAUAUUUUUAUAUAUCUUUAUUUAUGUCUGAAAUAUGCUGGACUAUGAAGUUGUUCCCCUGUGCAGGACUGAUCAUGAGCGUAGUUUAUCGUAUCUGUACAGAUGUAUAGCAUUGCGUGUGAUUUUAUUUCUAGCAUUACAGUCAUGUUUAAAGGAAGGAAGUAAUUCCAUAUACAAAGCAUGCUGCAGUAUUGUCUUGGCUGUACGAGGAAAUGGUACAUUAAACAUUUUGCACGUGAUCAUUCCUAAUUUAUCUUCCUUAAUUUAAUGACAAUAGGUGAUGUUAUUUAUUUGUCUGUUUGUAUCUGUCUGUCUGGUUAUCUAUCUAUCUUUUUUCCAAUUUCAAUUACAAUCAAGAUUUCAUAUCAGGCAAUGUUUUAAGUUGUUUUUUUUUUAAGUAGCUUUAAUUGUGUAAACAUAUUGUGCAUCGUGGUUAUGCAGAAAGAUGUCAGAGCAAUAAAAAAAAAAAAAACAUUGCAAUGCCAGUUGCAGCUGCAUAGAUAUGGAAUGUAAUAAUGCUUUGUAAAAGGCUCAUUUAAGUGUUUCAUUAACUUGUAGAUAUUACUGUAAUAUACGUUCAGAUAUGGAAAGUGCAAAUUUAUUCACUGGUUAUUAGACCAAUUUGCUUUGGGAUACUAAAAAACAAUGGAAGUGGGAUAUUUUUUUGUUGUUCAUUGUUACAUGUUGCUGAAUUUUCUGUGUUGAAAACUUCUGUAAUGUGCUAUUAUGAUUAUAAUUUUGUUUUGACCAGUGAAUUCAAUGUCCUUUUUAAUUGCUGACAUAUCAGAUCCAGCACAGAUUGUUUUUUUGUUUGUUUGUUUGUUUGUUUUGUCAAUGUCAAACCCAAUGAAUUUGGAAAGUUGUCAGGUGACCAAAUCCUUUUUCGAUUGCUGCUACGUUUUGCAGCACGUUAUAAAUAGAGAUAUUUGCUCUUUCGUUCUUUUUCUUCUUUCAACAGCUUCUUACUGAA